AUGAAACAAAUUAAUUCCAACAGAAGAAUUACCAGGGAUUUUGUAGAGCUUGACGGAGUGGUCGAUGGACCCAGAAGCAAGGAUGGUGGAAUUAAGGCUAAUUGCCAAGGCAGUGACACCUUCUUGGGGGCGAUUUUGAGACCAACGUCACAAGAUUUACACUGCCAAUUCGAGCCCUUUCUUUCAAUAAAUCUGGCGCAAUGUUGGCUGCUGCUGGCGAUGACUGAGGGCAUUAAACUUGUUAACACAGUUGACGGAACAAUUGCAAGGGUUCUGAAAGGACAUAAAGGAUCAAUCACCAGCUUAGCUUUUGAUCCUAAAAUUAUGAACAUUCUUGGGUGGAGUCCUGAUGGAGACAUGCUAGCUGUUCCAGGAUUGAAAAAUGAUGUGGUGAUUGUAGACAGACAGGUUCUUAUAUGGGAAGUUGACAAGAAGCAGGAUAUUGAGAGGCAGAAAUUUAACUAUAGCGUAUCUUGUAUGGCGUGGAAGCCUCAUGGAAAUGCAUUGGCAGUUAUUGAUUUUAUGGGAAAGUAUGGCUUGUGGGAAUCGGUGGUGCCAUCCUCAAUGAAAUCUCCAACAGAGGAUAUUCCUAGUUUAUAUUCAAGUGGCUUCGUCUUGUUUGACAAUGAAGAAGAACCUGGCGCAUCAGGUAGUUUGAGUGAUCUCAAUGAAGAUAGCCAUGGUGAAUCAGAGCCACCUAGCAGAAAAAGAUUACGUAAACAUUCUAUAUACGAUGAUGAUUGGGAAGAUGAAAUUACGGAUGAGUUGGAAUCUACAAGGAAGGUUGAAAAUCGUAAAAAGCCUUCAAAUGCUCACAAAAAUGACCUUAAUAAUGUAAAGAACAGUGUAAGAAACACUGUAGCAACUGCAAGGCUGAAAAUGCAAGAAGCUUUUCAGCCUGGAGCUACUCCUAUGCAACCUGGAAAAAGGCACUUUCUAUGCUACAAUAUGCUUGGAAGUAUAACCACGAUGGCACGUGAUGGAUACUCCCAUAUAGAGAUAGAUUUUCAUGACACGAGUAAUGGUCCACGAAUUCCAGCCAUGACUGAUUAUUUUGGUUUCACAAUGGCUGCUUUGAACGAGAAUGGAAGUGUAUUUGCCGAUCCAGGAAAGGGGGAGAAGAAUAUGAGCACACUUAUGUAUCGCCCAUUCAGUACCUGGGCAAAUAACAGUGAGUGGUCUAUGCGUUUUGAAGACGAAGAAGUUAGAGCAUUAGCACUUGGAAGUGCUUGGAUUGCAGCUGUCACCAGCCUUAAUUUUCUUCGCCUUGCAGAGGUAUGUUCUCUCCCUCGACGGGGCCAGUGGUUACUGCAGUGGGCUUCAAGAUCGAACUUGCGGUUGUCACCCAUACUUCUCCUUCUCUUGCCCCCGAUGAUCAGAUGCUUGAGUUUAGAGUGUUCGACAUUCACACUGGGACUCAAUCUCUUAGAGGAAGAUUACCAUUGA